AUGGCAUCCUUAACUAGGACUAGUAACCUCGUUUUGGCAUUUUUAUGUGUUUUAUUUGGUUCUAUUUGCUUUAGCAAAGCCCAAUUGUCACACAAUUUUUAUAGGGCGUCGUGCCCUAAUCUAAAAACAAUUGUUGGCGACGCAAUGAAAGCAGCGGUGAAUAGAGAUGCGAGAAUUAGUGCUCGUGGAUGCGAUGCAUCAGUAUUACUGGAUGACACAACAACAUUUACAGGAGAGAAGAGUGCAGGGGCAAACAGGAACUCCUUAAUAGGAUAUGAAAUGAUAGACACUAUUAAAACUCAAGUCGAAGUUUCUUGUCCCAAUGUUGUCUCUUGUGCAGAUAUCCUUGCUCUUGCUGUCCAAGAAGGCGUUACCUUGCUAGGAGGACCAUCAUGGGCUGUGCCAUUGGGCCGAAGAAAUGCAAGGACAGAAAGCCUAAGCGCUGCCAACACAGAAAUCCCCGGACCAACUUCCAGCCUUUCAACUUUGAUCUCCAUUUUCUCUGCCAAAGGCCUAGACGCCGGCGACAUGACGGCCCUCUCCGGCACCCACACAAUCGGCAAAGCCCGAUGCGUCACUUUCCGUGACCACAUCUACAACGGUACCAACAUCGAUUCGAAAUUCGCCGCCAAUCACAGGGCCAAGUGUCCUGCUUCUUCCGGCGGCGAUCAGAAUUUGGCCUCGUUGGAUACCACGACGCCGACUAAGUUCGAUAAUAAAUAUUAUCAGAACUUAGUGGCUCGGCGUGGGUUGCUUCACUCAGAUCAGGAAUUGUUUAAUGGCGGAUCUCAGGAUUCGUUAGUGAAAACUUAUAGUACUGAUGAAGCGGCUUUUAGAAGGGAUUUUGUGACUGCUAUACUGAAAAUGGGAAAUAUUAAUCCACUUACUGGAACUAAUGGAGAAAUUAGAAGGAACUGUAGGGCUAUUAAUUAA